GUCUUGUAUUUCUGCCUUCUGCCCGUUGUAUACAUCUCCUACAUAUGUUGUCAAGCGUCUUUUCUCCCCGUAACAUUUUGGUGAAGUUUCAAGACGGAUUUACGCAGCGAGUGAUCCUCGGAAGCAUGCACAAUGCCAGCGCAAGGCGGGGACCAGAAUGCUUUGGACCGGUCUGCAACCGUGCCUCAGCCCUCUGCUGCCAACCACAACGUCGUCUUCACACAACCGCGUGACCCAGAUACCUUUUCCGGCUCUGACAACACCGACGUCCAAGAUUGGCUUCAACUGUAUGAACGGUUUGCAGGCCACAAGAGACGACGGCACGUCGCAGUCGGCGAUCCCCUGGCAGAAUACGCUGGCCGGAAGACGCUUUUGCACUUCUACAAUAUUCCUCCUACCGACAACAUACCGCUGAGCGACUUCGAAGAGGUCGCCCUCGAAAGACUGAAGGUUCUGAAAGUUUUCGAGGUCGCCGAAGCUAAGUUCAACAACAAGCGCUCUCAGGAGUACGCCAGCGCAGUGAUGGACGACCUCCGAAAGCAGAAACUGAAAGCCUUCGUUAGUCGGGUAACCGACGACAACGGUGCUGCUAUUGUACGCAAGGACAACUUGUCUUUCUUCAUCCUUAUGCUUGCCUUCUGUGAAACGCCAGCACAACGGCGUUGGUUUACGAGCCAAGAGAUGGACCUUUUCCGGUUUCGAUUCCAAAACGAGAGUGCAGCUGGCAUCCAGGCUUUCCUCAAGGACACCAACAUGGAGUUCACACCAAUCUCUGCAGACGAGAAAGCAAAGUAUUUUCAAGAGAUAGUUGCUGCAUCACCUGAUAUGACAGCUGCAAAGCUGGAUUCCAUGGAUGUUUACAAGGUAUCCUUCCUCGACGUGCUUCCUCUGGUGUCAGACCGAACCGUCUACCUGCGUCAUGGCGAGGCGUACGUUCCGAGCGAGUACCUCAUCACGCUGGUUGAGUCGCAGUACCGGGCACAUCUGUCGCACAUGCUGGCGCAGACGACGCGUAUCUUCCAUCGCCUCGAAGAAGACGAACGCAUCGUGCCCGUCUUGCGUGCCCUGGCCAACUUUGACGCUGGCAGCGGGUUUGAUGCCUCGCGGCCUACGGACUCUGUCAGCCCCGAAAUGAUUGACCAGCUGUGUAAGGAGUCGUUCCCGAUGUGUAUGAAAGUAAUGCACGCUGCGUUGCGGACAAACCAUCAUCUCCGGCACGGAGCCCGUAUGCAGUAUGGCCUGUUCCUGAAAGGCAUCGGCCUUGCCCUUCAGGAUGCCUUGCGUUUUUGGAGGGAGGAGUUCUCCAAGCACGUUGGCAUUGAGAAUCUAGCAAAACUGAAACCAACAACGGCAUGCUAUCAUCAUCAUCGUAGAAGGAAGCUGAGGCCCGUUGAGUCCCUCUGCUGUCGGAGUCAUCCUGUUCAUCAUUCCCGCAUUUUCCCGUACAGUGCAGUACCAUCUUGCUGGCACUUUAUUGCGGUGUUUGUCGAACGUGCGUGUUACCGUGGAGUUUGCCAAAGGAGGAUGUCCCAUUCUAGGGUUAAAGGUUAGCUUUCUUUAUGUUUAUGGGUGAUAGCAGUGUUUGUAAAAGAGCCGCUGUGAUCGGAAUUGCAUGUGGUUCAGAAUAAUAUUAACGAGCACAUGUCGACUUCUGCGUGUCUGAGUUAGUGAAUAGAUUAUGAUUUAUAUUAGUACGACCAGUUUUACUGCUCGCAUGGAUAUGGGCCAGGUUGUUAAUUUUGGCAUUAUGUAUGAAAGCUCAGUGUGAACACAUGGAGGCCGUUGAGAAAGAAAAUGGAAAAAGGGAACCGUGUGAGUAUUACUCGCUGGCCUAAGUGUGUUCUACAGUCACAUUUUAUAUGUAUUCUUGAACUUAUUUUCCAUGACCAGAAUUGUGAUCGAUUUUCGUGACGUCAUUUCGCACUUGCAGCUGAGCUAUCACUACACCCUGAAGUUCAUGACAUGUCCGGGUAGCCUUUACAAUGGCUGAAAUGUUUCACGGCUGAGCUCAAGAUCGUGGGUUUGCUUGCGGCUGCGGCAGUCACGUCUUGAUGAGGAUGCAAGAACACAUUUAAUGCAAAAAUGGCAAAGGUGCAAAAAUAACAUUUGUUUCUACAACUCUUUUAUGUUGUGCCAUGCUUUAUUGAAUUAAAUUAGAGAAAGCAAGAAGCUACAACACUGUUUAUUGCCUUUUACAGCCGCAGAUUUACGAGGACUGAGGUUGAAUAUGUUGCAUGGCGAGAGCCACCACUUCGAUGGGUGCUGCCAUGUUUUUGUUGACACAAGACUGUUGUUGAGCCUGAACCGCUGUGCAAUGUCGGUGAAAUGGCAUCGCCAACACAAACCCAAAACCGUCUUUGCGUCUUGCACAUUCGCAGUUGUGCUGUUGCUAUUUAUUUUUUUAUAUAAAACUCCCAAUGUGCGUAGCAUGAUGGGAGUGUAUUGCACGAUGUCGUGUUCAGUGCAGGCACACUUACUUGAUCGGUCUUGCAGUGAGCCUUUGCCCGCAGGCCGUGACUGUCGCACUGUGUUGCACCCUUGGCUAAUAAACCCACAUUUGUUGAUG